UCGCAAUACGGCAAAUAGUUAUCCAGCAUACACGACAGCUUGAACUCCCCAAUUACUUGUCUACUACCAAUAAAAUCCACGCCCUUGCCCUUCCCGGAAACCUUCUUCAGAUCACCGGCGGCAAUGACGACGUACGGCACGAUUCCGACGUCAUCAGGCGGAGGUUCAAAUCUCGAAUACCUCUCUCGAGCUAAAGCACGCAUAAAAUCUGGAUUAGGCACGCGGCGUUCCUGGAAAGAGAUGUUCAAUUUCCGUUCGGUUGACCUUCCUCAUGGCGUCUCCGAUGCGUUUUCACGAAUCAAAACAAACAUAGGUUACUUCCGUAUGAACUAUGCGAUACUCGUGCUGGUGAUUUUGUUUCUUAGUCUGUUAUGGCAUCCGGUUUCGUUGAUUGUAUUCGUGGUGAUGAUGGCGGCUUGGUUGUUCCUUUACUUCCUCCGUGACGAGCCUCUGGUGAUUUUCCACCGUACAAUUGACGACGGCGUGGUCCUUGUGGUGUUAUCGGUUGCGACGAUACUUUUGCUGUUGUUGACCGGCGCAACGAUGAAUAUAAUUUCAUCGAUUCUUGUCGGAUUGGCUGUUGUGGUGAUUCACGCUGUUUUCAGGAGCACUCAUGAUUUAUCCUUAGACGAUGAGGCAGGUGGCUAUCUGGCAUCUUCUUCGUCUUAGAAGUCUUUUAAUGGCUCAUCAACAGUCAACGCUACUACAAAAAUGCAUUGCAAGAUCCUUUUAUUUGUUUAAAAGAUAUGGUUGGUAUCAUGUGUAUUUUUCUAGUGGUUUGUUGUCCACUUUUGUAAGUUUUUUUAAGAUAAUAAUUUUUUAUGAUUUAAAAUGUAUUAACUUUAAAAAAGUUGAUAGGUUAUAUUUUGUGAUUUCAGAUUUAAUAUGUUUCCUUUGUGUAAACUCUGAGGACAAUUGCACUAGUUUUAUUUGAAUUUAGGGGUUGUGUUUGUAAAUAAAGCUUGAUAUAUGAUAUGAUAUAUCUUAGAGAAUCACAAAAAUUGCCAAAAAUUAGGAUAAGCUUUUAACUUAUGGCCACAUUUGCUUAAUUUCCUUCAAAAUUACCAUCUAUCUUACUCUUCUCUCACUCCCCUACCUUCAACAACUACUUUUAAAUUCACACAACAAUAUUUAUUUCAUGAUAUGCAACAAUUUUAUCCUAUACAAAACCUAACCCUAACUCCAUUCACCAACUUCUGGCCUCUUCCCCAAUAAUAAUAAUGUUGAAGGAACCAUGGAUCCAAAAACUGUAAUAAUCAGAUAUUUCAUCUUUGGAUUCAUCAAACACAGUCAAGAAGCAAGAGUUCAAAGAGAUUAACGAAGACUAUCUUCCGUACAAGUCUUAUGUUGCACUGAUUUGAUUUUGUCAGAGUAUAGUUAAUGUUGUGUUUUCCAAAGUCUUUAGAGAGUUGGAUCAAAGAAUUCCUGAAAAGAAAAGAAAUCCCCAAGAGUUCAAUUGGCUUAUAGACUUUCAUAUUCAUCACUCUAAAAGGAAAAACAAAAUCGUUAAAAAAAACGAAGCUUUAAACAUGCCGACUUCUAUCUAUGCAACAUACAGAAGAAUAGGAAAGAAGAAGAAGUCACUUAUGCGGACUUCAAAGACAUCAACCCCGAAGACUUGAAUGAAUUGCCAAAAAGUUCAAUGUCAAAGCUGAAAAAUACACUCCAACUUCAAACUUCAAACUACCAUAUAUUCCACUCAUAGAGUUUUUGGAAUCAUUGCUUUUUGAUAUCACUUUCAUUGAUGGUGAACUUUGCCAAGUGUGUGAUCGAUGAUAUUAUAAGAUCGAAGUAUGCCAGCCACUCCUCGUUGAAGGAGUUAAUGCAUGACUGGCGAAGAGAUUGUGUCUUGGUGUGUUAGCAAAGGUCGGAGAAAUGGAGAGUGAAACAAAGUUGGAGAGAAUCAUCCUUGAAGACAUGUAGACAGAACUUUGGUGUGUCUAACACAUAAGUUGAAGCUUAACGAAUUAUUUAUCAUGUACAAUCUUUUAUAAUAUAUUGUCAGGGUGAAGUUAUGUGUAUUGUCCACCAAACCUAAGGCUAUAAGGUAUGUUCUGAACAUCUCAUUUAUGGGUGAAAAUGAUUAUUCAUCAUCAUCA